UUCUUCAAAAGAAAAUUUUUAUCAAGAUUAAAUAACAGGAAAAUUAGAAGCUGUUGGAGAUACAGUAGAACGAUUUCAUUUUAUUUUACAUCCAAAAGAUGAACAAAAUUUAACUCGUGAAGAUCAAGAUAAAGUAAAAGAAUUAUAUUCACUUUUAGUUCAAUUUGAAAUUAUUCAAGGAGAUACAAUAAGAAAAAUAUUUCGAAAUAAUUCACAAGAACGAGAUAAAAUAGAAAAGAUAAUUCGAAAUGAUCUUGAUCCUUCGGUUGCCGACUCAUUAAUUAGUUUAUUAAAUAGUAAAUCUUCUUUUUUUUAUCAAACAGAUUUACCAUUUACUAUUAAAGAAGAAGAAGGAAAUAAUAUUCGAAUUUAUCUAAAAGAAAAAAAUAUUUUAAAGUCUGGUGGACUUGCUAAAUAUAAAUAUGUAGAUAUUAAAAGAAAUAUUGAAAGAAUUUUAAAAAAUAUUCAAUUUGAAAAUGAUAAAGAAUUAAUUUUGUCGAAAAUUUUGUCUUUACAAGGAGAUAUUCGUUCAUUUAAAACAGGUUUAAAAGCUAAUUUAAAAGAUUUUAUAGAUCUUCAAGAUCAAGAAAAUGUUCCAAGUGAAUUAAGAUUUUUUGAAGGUUUUAAUCUUAAUAAAUUUUUGAUUAUUGAAGAAGAUAAAUCUUGGUGGGAUUGGAAUGCUUUUGCCGUUGCAAUGAUAGGACUUGUUCAAGUCAUUGCCGAAGCUGUUUUAGUAGCCUUCGAUUUGACUCAGAUAGGCAAUGCUUUAAUAUCAGGUAUUUUUAGUUGGAAAGAAUGGGCAAUACAAAAAGCAAUUAGCUUCGGUCUCUCUAUGUUGACUGUUGGAAUUGGAAAGUUUUUGACGGAUAAAAUUAUGGAACAGAUUCAAGAAAAUGUUUAUACAAAAGAUUGUUAA